AUGCGCAGACGCCCAACCUACAUCACUCACCCCAGCCGUGCUGUCAACCCAGCCGACAUCCAGGUCUACCAAAACCAGCUUCUGCUCGGAGCUUUGAAGGCCGCUCGAGAAGAACGGCUGACUCUGGGCCUCGAAGAACUCCCGCAGGACGUGGUGGAUGUCUUGAAGGAGUCUCAUGAGUUGCAUGUUCGAUGGGCGCCCGAGCGUCCCUACAAUACCACAGUUCCGUUUCUUUCAAGGAUAUCGCCAGGCUUGCACGUCCUGUACACCCCCUUGAAGGAGGACCAACCCGAUCGACUUUGCAAUCUUCUUCACCAAGUACUCGGGCCAGGCCUCCGAUGUGAAUCGCCGCAGUCAACAUUUACCAGCCCUGCGCUGAUCUCUGAGCGUUUCGCUCAGACCGCCUCCUUGCAAUACUACUCUCUUCUUCCCUCGAUAAAGCCACUCGUGGCAUACCUGCAGCGGAAGGUCUGCAGGCCAUCCGACCUUGUCUGUCUGCACACAGCAACUCUCCUGAACAUAGCUGACUCGGUGGACUUCGACUAUGACAGCAUCUCUCACACCCUGACACUAACGACGAUGUGGUCAAGACAACCGGACAUCAUUUAUGAUCCUAUCGGCGAGUUCACCACCCUCGACGCCUGGAAUCUCGACAUCCCACGGAGCGGAUCUGACAAGGUCGAAGUCGGCAUCCUCAGCCCCGCGCCAGCACCGGAACCAUCUGAUCUUCAACUAUCAGGCUUUCUGAUUGUUGUCGGAGAAGAUGACCAUCCCAAGCCGACACUGUUCAGCUUUCCUUCUCGACACCACUCGCUCAGCCUGGAUCAAUCAAAACUGCAACGAUACACGAUCUCGUUCGACAAGCCUACCGGCCUACACCCUAUUCUGAGAAUCUCGUUUGCGUCUGCAUCGUCGUUGACGGAACCCAAAAAUAAGCCCGUGGGGAGUGUUUGUGCCUUGCAAACCUACCUGACCCUUCCAUCGCAUAUCUUCGCAGACAAGUAUGCCUUUCUCAGUAACGAUCCCCUCUUCCAGAAAUCCCAUAAUCUUGGCCGAUUGCGGUCGAUCACCGGCGAGACGGACCUUGAAGCCCCCAAUUAUGUGGUAAAUAAAUGGGGUUCAACCAUACUUUUGGAGAUCCAGACUCCGAAUGACAGGGAAAGUAACCACAAAGACUCUGCCGGUAUGUGGGAUGUGACGAUUCCUCUACACCUUCGAUAUCUUGAGCCCACGGCAGGAGGCACAUCAACGGUUGAAGUGCCCUGGCCCAUCGUCUUUUGGGCUUGUACGGCCGAGGAUGGUACCAAGUUCCCCGUCAACCCUUUUGACAGAACACAGCUAGGCUAUGACGGGCUAUUUGGUCCAAGGACCAUGUUUUAUCAUCUGAAUCCUGCGCCUCAGAAUGGUACUAUCGUGGAACGGAUCGCGGUUCCGGUGCUGGACACCGAGGUGACCAGUCCACGCACCAUCGAAUAUCUGACGAUAGUCUCGAUCGCGCUGGGCUUCUUGUGGGUGCUAUUCAAGUUAAGAUGGUCAACUUCCAGAACGGGCUCGGGCAAUGACGGCAAGAAGAAUCUGAAGAAAAAGCUGUAG